CUUGGAUCAAAAGACGUUAAAAUUUUACCACGUUCAAACUUUUUUCCUUUUUUUCCUCUUUGUUGUGUUCGUCUUGGUCUCUCUCUAAAGAGAUGUGCUGUUCAUUUUGAUGAACCUUCAGCAUCUGCCAUGAUCGACCAUAUAGAAGCUUUAAACUAAGCUCGGUAAAUGGUACUAUCCACUUACCGUUUCAACUAUGACAAAUGAUCAUCAAUCUUAGAAACUCAAGGGCAUACGCCCAGUUUCCCCCAUCUUUAUUCCGCCAUUUUGUUUCAAUCGAAUCUCAUUUCCAGAACCUUCAUGUUGAUUCCAAUCAAGAAUCGUCUUCCAUCGCUUCUUCCAUCCACCCGCCACGAAGAACCCAUUUGGUUUCCCCCAAUAACAUGAUCCCCCAACUUCAUGUUGACACUACUUCUGAUGUUGUUUCGUUUAAUAAAACAAUCGCCAGCUUUGUAAGAUCUGGGCAUUUAGAGUCUGCCCGUAAGAUGUUUGACAAAAUGCCUGUUAGAACCACAGUUACUUGGAAUUCAAUGCUUUCGGGAUAUACGAAGGUGGCUGGGAAAAUGAAGGAAGCCCACGAACUGUUUGAUAAAAUUCCUGAACCAGAUUCUGUAUCUUAUAACAUUAUGUUGGUUUGUUAUUUGAGAAAUUGUGGUGUUGAGGCUGCUUUGACUUUCUUUAACAGAAUGCCUAUCAAGGAUAUUGCCUCUUGGAAUACAUUGAUAUCUGGGUUUGCUCAGAAUGGGCAAAUGCGAGAAGCGUUCGAUUUGUUUUCGGUAAUGCCGGAGAAGAAUGGUGUCUCGUGGAGUGCUAUGAUUUCUGGAUAUGUGGAACAUGGAGAUUUGGAGGCAGCUGAGAAGCUGUAUAAGAAUGCGCUUAUGAAGAGUGUGGUUGUAGAAACUGCAAUGCUGACCGGGUACAUGAAGUUUGGGAAGGUGGAGUUAGCUGAAAGGAUAUUUCAUAGGAUGGUCACGAGGAAUUUGGUCACAUGGAACUCUAUGAUAGCAGGUUAUGUUGAGAAUUGUCGCGCAGAGGAUGGUCUCAAACUUUUCAAGGCAAUGAUUGAAUCUCGGGUAAGACCGAAUCCUUCGAGUUUGAGCAGUGUUCUUCUUGGAUGUAGCAACUUGUCUGCUUUGCCUAUGGGAAGGCAAAUACAUCAAUUAGUGAGUAAAUCUCCGCUAUCCAAAGAUACAACUGCCUGUACUUCAUUGAUUAGCAUGUACUGUAAGUGUGGAGAUCUGGAUAGUGCCUGGAAAUUGUUUCUGGAGAUGCCGCAAAAGGAUGUGAUUACAUGGAAUGCCAUGAUUUCAGGUUAUGCUCAACACGGUGCAGGUCAAAAAGCUCUUCAUUUAUUUGACAAGAUGAGAAAUGGUGCAAUGAAACCAGAUUGGAUCACAUUUGUUGCGGUCAUAUUGGCCUGUAACCACGCCGGAUUUGUUGAUCUCGGGGUUCGAUAUUUCAAGUCUAUGAAGGAGUUUGGAAUCGAAGCAAAACCAGACCACUACACAUGUGUUGUUGACCUUCUCGGUCGAGCUGGUCGGUUAAAAGAAGCUGUAGGUUUGAUCAAUGAGAUGCCAUUCAAGCCUCAUGCUGCAAUCUUUGGAACCCUCUUGGGCGCUUGUAGAAUCCACAAAAACUUGGAACUGGCAGAAUUUGCAGCCAGGAACUUGUUAGACCUCGAUCCCACGAGUGCAACCGGAUACGUUCAGCUUGCGAAUAUCUACGCAGUGACAAACAAAUGGGAUCAAGUGGCUAAAGUGAGGAAGAUGAUGAAAGAACACAAUGUAGUUAAAAUACCAGGUUACAGUUGGAUUGAGAUAAAGAGUGUAACUCAUGAAUUCAGAUCAGGUGAUAGAGUUCAUCCAGAACUGACUUCCAUACACAAGAAACUAAAUGAGUUAGAUGCGAAAAUGAAGCUGGCAGGGUAUGCUCCAGACCUUGAAUUUGCACUCCAUGAUGUAGAAGAAGAGCAUAAAGAGAAGCUACUGCUGUUUCAUAGUGAGAAACUGGCAAUUGCUUUUGGAUUGAUAAAAAUGGCACCCGGGACGCCGAUUCGAGUUUUCAAAAACUUGAGAGUCUGUGGGGAUUGUCACAGAGCAAUCAAGUUCAUAUCAGCCAUUGAGAAAAGGGAGAUUAUUGUGAGAGAUACUACGAGGUUUCAUCAUUUUAGAAAUGGAUUUUGCUCAUGUGGUGAUUACUGGUAAGUUAUUGAAUUUUUUGAACCAUUGCACAUUGAGGAUGAUGAUGAUGUUACAAGGGCUGACCAAAUUAUAGCAGUUAUAUUGUCUCAAAAAA